AUGAUCAGGGUAAGCCACCUCCUAAAGUGGAUCGAGGAGCUGGUGGUGGAAGAAUGUCGGGUACAUCUAGGGGAGUUACUCCGAGAGGAGCCCCGGGUGGAAGGAGACAAGCGAGAGGUGCCUCGCAAGGAGGCCAGACAUCCACCCCUUGAUUGUCUUGUGGGUACUAUGGGAAAUCUAACCACACUGAGGAUAAUUGCUGACGAAAGGCUCGAAAGUGCUUACGGUGUGAAAGUCGAGAGGCUACCAUAUGACUUAGAAGUGAAAACACCUACGGGUAACCAAUUUUUACUUGCUAAUGAGAUGUAUAGAAACUGUGAUAUUUGCGUUGGUGAGCGAAAAUUGGUAGUCGACCUUAUAAGUCUAGCCAUUAAGGGGUAUGACGUUAUUAUAGGGAUGGACUGGCUAGCUCGUUAUGAUGCUCGGGUAGAUUGUCGUACAAAGAUGGUCGAGUUUUGCAUACCUGGUGAGAUGACUUUAAAACUAGUUGCAAGGGGUAUUCUAGCAUCAUCUGCCCUUGUUUCGGGAAUUAGGGUUAGAAAAUUGCUAAGUAAUGGGGUACGGGGGUAUCUAGGUUUUCUAGUUAGCACCCCAGGAGAAAAGGUUAGUAUAGAAGAUAUGCCGGUGAUAAAUGAAUAUCCAGAUGUAUUUCCGAACGAAUUGGUGUCAAUGCCACCCGAGAGAGAAAUCGAGUUUAAGAUUGAUUUAGCACCUGGAACUACUCUCAUCUCAAAAGCCCCUUAUCGGAUGGUGCCCGCUGAACUAAAGUAG